AUGAGUGGGGAGUAUCUCCUACUGGAAUUAAAGAAACAAUGUACUGGAUCAUGUGGCUGCAAAAAAAAGUCUGGAACGUUUAUUGCCACUAAGGAAGUCAAAAAUCCUGCAAAAGGAUACACAAAGCACACUCAUAGACUUAAGACAAAUGGACAAUUCGAACUUCAGGGUGUAAAGUACCACAGUUUAGCCCUCGUUGGUCCUUAUUAUGUCAAAGAUGCCAUAGAAGUAUCUGUAUACUAUGAUACUGAUAAUAGACCAUAUGUUAUUGAGAUCAAUAGAUCAAGAGGAAAAGAUUACUAUGUAAACAAUAAACCUAGCAUUAAAGACGAAAACGAUGAUUAUUACGCCAAUUAUUCAUGGGCCCAAAAUUAUAGUCUAGGAAGCUCUUCUGAGAGCCUCUUUGAUACAUUAGAACAACUGAGCUGUGAAUAUGCCAAUUCCGUUUCGGUGGAUAUUUUCAAAAAGAUAGACAGAAAAAAACACUAUUGUAAUCUUGGUUUCAACGUAGUAGGAACAACCUUCACGGAUGACAAAAGCAUCUACCAGUUUAAACAGAGUACUCAAAGAAACAAACCGUUUAAGGUCCAUUCACUUCAGUAUAAUGGAAAGGAUAUAGAAAUACCUAUACCUUCAGAUGGUGUUCUAGAAAUAUCUACAUUUUAUUGGAAGCAUCAUUUGGGAAAACCACUCGUUGUGAAAGUUAUAGAUCGAAGUAGUAAGCCAAAAUAUUAUUUCAAUGAUGGUAGAGUUGGUUUGCAAUGGGAUAAAAGGGCAGUGUCAAUGGGUGUUAAACUAGAAGAUACGGUGGUUGAACAUAACUGCGUACGCAAUAGGACCACUACUAUAGACCUGUCUAAGAGCCCUGCAGAUAAAAGGUAUUGUUGUACUAAAACGUGCAAAAACCCUAGGAUAAACGUUAAAACACAACCAUCAGAUGCAUAUAAAGGGUUUUCCAUAUAUGAACAUGCUUCAGAUGACGGACUUCCAUUCACUAUUAGUAGUAUAAUAAAGGAUGGUGUUAAGCAGGGUGGUAUUAUGUUUCCUAUUAGAAAUGCUUAUAGUGUUACUGUAUAUUAUGCAGAGAAAUGUUUGAGUGAGCCAAUUUUCAUGGACAUUAAAUAUGCAGAUGAUGAAUAUUUCGCUGAUAACAAGUGGUAUAGACGUAUCACUAAAAACGGAUGGGACUACAUAUAUAAUAUACCAAGUACAGAUACUGAGAUCAGUGAAGAUUUAAGAAAUAAUUUCAAGAUAGUAGCUACUCUACUUACAAGUGGCUGUAGUCCAAACAGUAUCCCUGAGGAUAAAUCAUUCACUAGACCGGAGCCAGAACCACAGGAGUCUCCAAAAGAUACACUCGAGGAUCUAAAGCAGAAGUCUCAAGAUAAAACAUACGGAUUGGAACCACCGAGAGGACCAGAGGAUGAUGCACAAGAAGAAAAGAAGAUAGAGGCAGAAAAACAAAAGGCUAUGAGUGAAAAAAAACCAUACACAUAUCCCUCCAAGAGGACACUAAGUAGUCUCAAGAAAAGUCUUAAAACGCUUUCUAUAACUCCUGAUGAACUCAUACCAACGGUAGAGAAAAUUGUGGAGAAAAUCCAAGCCAAACUUCAGCCAGUUGUUUCACCACCUCCACCUGGCGUUAUUAUAGACAUACAGAAGGAUCUGCAUAAUAAUGCAAAGUCGGGAUCUGAUACAUAUAACUUAGAAGUAUCCGCUGAUCAGAAAGUUAACUUGGAAAAAUCUGAGGAUCCUAAAGGUUCUAGCUUCUUUAAGUUCACACAUACUAAGAGUGGUGGAGGACCUUUCAAGGUUGAAAAGGUUAUAUACGGGGAUAGUGGUCCAACAGUUGAUGUGGAUGCCAAUAUAGACGAAAGUAUUUCUCACUUAGCCGUUUGGUAUUGGAAUAAUGAUUCAAAUUUAGGUGUCCCUCUCCUAAUAGAAGUAUUCAAAAAUGGACAUUACAAGUAUCACUACAAUAAGGGUGAUCUGGAUUGGAGACCUGUUAGUGGAUACAAUAAUUAUCAAAAUAAGCAGUUCACCGGUGAAGCCCUCGAACAGAAACUAGAUGACCUUAACUGUUACAACAGUAAUGCGGUUACCUUGGACCUUACCAAUAGUAAUGCUGAGAAAGGAGGACAUACCUGUUGUGAACAUCAUAAAAGCCAUAGUAAGGUUAAAGUUAGUUCUAAAGUCAUCACAAUUAGCUCUAGUUCUCUUGUAAGAGGUAGCAAAACAUCCAUUCCAUAUUACAAAUACUCAGUUAUAAAGAGAGGAGAUACUAAGUUGGCAAAGAUCAAAUAUUAUAUUAUCGGAGACGAUAAUAGAAAACGUAUAAUCACCGAGGAAUUAGACCUUCCUAUCCAAGGACCUGUAGAUGUAUAUGUAUUUCACUGCUCAGGAAAACCUGCUUUGAUUUAUAUGGAUCCUCAAGGAACUCUACCUCAGGAUGUUCAAGGUUGGUAUAAGAGAGGAACAGAUGACAACUCUAAAUGGGAGAAAUUGCGUGACAAACUCACUAGUGUGACGUCUGAUAAUUUGGAUAACCUUGCUUGUGGGCAACAGAAAGAAUUGGUAGAGGUACUAAAUAGUCUUCCAAGUAGCUGUAAAUAUGAAAUAUGUUCUACUGUUCCUGGUGCUAAACAUGUUACUACCUCUUCAUCUAUAGUAUCUGCGAUUACUACUCCAGAAGUAACUGUUAAACUUGAACAUAAACCAAAGGAUGACUCUUCAGAUCCUAUUUCUUAUCCAGGUUAUCUUUCCAACCCACGAGUUACUAUAAACGUCAAAAUACUUCCCUAUCUCAAUAUUGGAUCCACUAGUAACUCUGACUUCUACAAAUAUGAGCAUAAAGAUUCCACCGGAGUACCAUUCAAACUGAUGGCAGUAAUUGAUGAUCAGGGUCAUACCAUAAAUGGAGCUAGUGGAGAAAGGGUAACCUCAGUUUCUGCUUAUUACUGGAGGCAUGAAGAUCCUAGUGAGACUCCCAAGAAUGUACUCUCGGUUGAAGUAGUAUCUAAUGGACAACAUUCUUAUUAUGCAAAAAAUGGUAAGGAAUGGAAACAAUAUAGCAAUUCUGACAAGCAACUAGAUCAGAAUGAAUUGGUGAAUAAGCUCAUCUUCCUCAAUUGUGAGAUUAAUGAUGUUGUUCAAAUAGAUGUUACUAGGAUAGAUGGACAAUAUUGUCAUGAUGGAUACUCCCAAGAUCCUAAACAUGAUGAUAUUUAUACUAAGAAAGUCAAAGUAACCCCUGUAAGUGAUGAAAGAAAGCUUGGAAACUAUACUGCCUAUUCUCAUACUCCAAAUACAUCUGCAGGAUAUAGAAGUUCAUUUCACAUAUCUACAUUUACAAGGGGAAGGAAUAAGAUUGAUUUCAGUGGAGACUUGACACUACCAGUUAUAGAUGUCAAGAAAGUGGUUGUCUACUUCUGUGGUAAGGAGGUUACUGGGAGCACCGGUAGGAAUCCCCUCUUGCUUUACAUAGACUCUAAUGACCCCAAGAAUGCUAAGCAAAAGUGGUUUAAGAAGCCAGAUAAUGGUACUAUUUGGGAGUCAGCUAAAGGUUUAGAUGGUAAAGAUGAAAAGAGUUAUACAGACAUAGUUGACACUCUGGACACUAUUAAGAGUGCUUGCCAAUCUCCAAAGGCAAUUAUAGAUAUCUAUGAGAGAGAAAAUGGAAGAUACCUUCAUUAUUAUUCUGGAUAUUAUGGGAAAACUAUAGAGGUAACACAGAGGUCAGGCUCUCAUAAAAAGGAUCCUCCAGAACAUUAUACUAGGUAUGAUCACCAAGUGGUUGGUAGAGAAGAUAAUUACUUUACACUCCCGAAAGUUAACUAUGAAAACAAUGUAACCGAUAUUGUAAAUGUGGGUGUUCCUAUGCCUAGGGUAACUAGAGUAUCCGUUUACUACUGGACUCCUCUAGAGACUCCGGAGUAUAGGGAUAAGAACAAACCUCUUAUCGUCAAAGUUGUUAAGUAUGGUAGAUCAACACCAUUUUACUACGAGAAUAAGGGUGAGAAUGAUAAUAUACAAUGGACCUUAUGGCAGAUGGCAACGGUUUCUGAAAAUAGUCUCAGAGCUAAGUUAUACCUCCUUAACUGCCGCCUUAACAAUGCAGUUGUCAUAGACAUAAGUAAGCGGAAUACUGAAAAUUAUGACUCCUGUAAGGAUAAAACUUUUGACGGUUGUCAUGGUAAUAAUAAGAUGAAAGUUGAACAAGAUAUUGGUGACACUGGUAAGCUACUAAACUAUCAGGUCUAUAAACACUCUCUCCAAGAUUCCUCCGGUGGAGGAAAGAAGUUUCAUAUAGUAUCUUUUAAGAAUGAUAAAACACCUCUAACUGGAAUUUCUGCAAGUUAUACUACUCCCAUUCUUGAUGUGGAUGAAGUAAAGGUUUAUUUCUGUAAGAAAAAUCCUGACAAGCCUCUCCUAUUAUACUACAACACUAGUGGAUACCAUAAUUUGUACAAGAAUAAUGAUCUCGCCAGUGGAACUGGUGGCUGGGUAUGUGCAGGAUUACUCAGCACUGAUCCAGACAAAAACCACGAAGAGGUCAAAAGGAUACUUGAAGAAUUGGGUAGUGAAUGUAAACCUCAACCUAAUCCUGCUUCUCCUACUGAUUCUGGUCCUGAAAAACUUGUUGAUGGAGCCUCUGGCCUUACUAUUACUGCUAUUCUCACCGGAUUAGGCUCUACCUCUGGUACUCUUGCUGGAGCUGGUGGCCUUACUGGACUUGGUUGGUGGGCAUUUAAACGUUCUAGGGGAGAUCCUUGGGUUAGACAGAUUUAG